GCGCACGGCCUGCCGGGAGGGGACAAGUGUCUGGCGGCCCGGUCCAAUGGGUGCCCGCUCUCAAGAAGAGGGCGGAGGAGAGGAGGAAGGAGGCGGACUCUGGGCCCGGUCCCCAUUCAUUGCUGCUGCCGACUGGGUGGGGGUCUUGUCUUUUUGGGAGUCAUGGAGGCGCUAAUUCCUGUUAUCAAUAAGCUCCAGGACGUCUUCAAUACCGUGGGAGCCGAUAUCAUCCAGCUGCCCCAGAUCGUGGUGGUGGGAACGCAGAGCAGUGGAAAAAGCUCAGUGUUAGAAAGCCUCGUAGGGAGAGACCUGCUUCCCAGAGGUACUGGUAUUGUCACUCGGAGGCCUCUCAUCCUGCAGCUGGUCCAUGUUGCACCAGAAGAUAAACGAAAAACAACAGGAGAAGAAAAUGACCCUGCUACAUGGAAAAACUCAAGACACCUUUCUAAAGGAGUUGAAGCAGAAGAAUGGGGUAAAUUUCUCCACACCAAAAAUAAGGAGCCAGCUGGAUAUUAACAAUAAGAAGAGUGUAACUGAUUCAAUUCGUGAUGAAUAUGCUUUUCUUCAAAAGAAAUAUCCAUCUCUGGCCAACAGAAAUGGAACAAAGUAUCUUGCUAGGACUCUAAACAGGUUAUUGAUGCAUCACAUCAGAGACUGCUUACCAGAGCUGAAAACAAGAAUAAAUGUUCUAGCUGCUCAGUAUCAGUCUCUUCUAAAUAGCUAUGGGGAACCUGUGGACGACAAAAGUGCUACUUUACUCCAGCUUAUUACCAAAUUUGCCACAGAAUACUGCAACACUAUUGAAGGGACUGCAAAAUAUAUUGAAACUUCAGAGCUAUGUGGUGGUGCUAGAAUAUGCUAUAUUUUCCAUGAGACUUUUGGACGAACCUUAGAAUCUGUUGACCCCCUAGGUGGCCUUAAUACAAUUGACAUUUUGACUGCCAUCAGAAAUGCUACUGGACCGCGGCCUGCUUUAUUUGUGCCUGAGGUUUCAUUUGAAUUACUGGUCAAGAGGCAAAUCAAACGUCUGGAGGAGCCUAGCCUCCGUUGUGUGGAACUGGUUCAUGAGGAAAUGCAGAGGAUCAUUCAGCACUGUAGUAAUUACAGCACACAGGAAUUGUUGCGAUUUCCUAAACUUCAUGAUGCUAUAGUUGAAGUAGUGACUUGUCUUCUUCGUAAAAGGUUGCCUGUUACAAAUGAAAUGGUGCAUAACUUAGUAGCAAUUGAGCUGGCUUACAUCAACACAAAACAUCCAGACUUUGCUGAUGCUUGUGGGCUAAUGAAUAAUAAUAUAGAGGAACAAAGGAGAAACCGGCUAGCAAGAGAAUUGCCUUCAUCUGUAUCACGAGACAAGUCUUCUAAAGUUCCAAGUGCUUUGGCACCUGCCUCCCAGGAGCCCUCCCCUGCUGCUUCUGCUGAGGCUGAUGGCAAGUUAAUUCAGGACAGCAGAAGAGAAACUAAAAAUGUUGCAUCUGGCAGUGGUGGGGUAGGAGAUGCUGUUCAAGAACCAACAACUGGCAACUGGAGAGGAAUGUUGAAAACUUCAAAGGCUGAAGAAUUAUUAGCUGAAGAGAAAUCAAAACCAAUUCCAAUUAUGCCAGCUAGUCCACAAAAAGGCCACGCUGUCAAUUUGCUGGAUGUGCCAGUUCCGGUUGCACGAAAACUAUCUGCCCGCGAACAGCGAGAUUGCGAGGUGAUUGAACGACUCAUCAAAUCCUAUUUUCUGAUUGUCAGAAAGAAUAUUCAGGACAGUGUGCCAAAAGCAGUGAUGCAUUUUUUGGUUAAUCAUGUGAAAGAUACUCUUCAGAGUGAGUUAGUAGGACAACUGUAUAAAUCAUCCUUAUUGGAUGAUCUUCUGACAGAAUCAGAGGACAUGGCACAGCGUAGGAAAGAAGCAGCUGAUAUGUUAAAGGCAUUGCAAGGAGCCAGUCAAAUUAUUGCUGAAAUUCGAGAGACUCAUCUUUGGUGAAGAGAACUAGAUAAAACUAGAGACUAUUGACUCAAUUCAAUAGCUACUUCAGUAGAAUUUUAUUUAUGAACUCCUGUAUAUUGCAUUGAUAUGAUGCUCAUGUGAGGACUGGCUAUAAAUGGAAAAGUGUUCUUUGUAUUACAGAACAAAUUAUACAUUUAGUCCAAAUAAUAAAUGGCUGUUUCUAAGGUUUCCCAGUACAUAUAAAAUACAUCAAGUCCGUGACAG